AUACCUCCUCACUGUGCAGGUCUCUGUGUAAUCAGGGUGUAAUCAGGGUGUAUUCUCAAUAGACAUUACCUUAAUACUAUAUUAUAAACAUGGAAGCCUUCUUUGCAAGCUGGAAAACUGUCAAAAGUGAAAACUUUGACAAUUACCUGAAAGUAAUUGGUCUUAACGAUGAAUUGAGAAGUGUCGCAAAUGUAAUUAAACCAGUCUACACCUUUUCCCAAGAGGACGACAUUGUGGUGUUUAAAACACAAACCAUCGUCAGUGAGCAUGAAAUCAGGUUCACACUCGGUGAAGAGUUUGAUGACAAAGCCCUUGAUGGCAGGGUUUGCAAAACUGUUAUAACCCUGGAUGGAGACAAACUCAUCCAGGUGCAGAAGUGGGACAGUAAAGAGGCCACAGAAGUUCGAGAGAUCCAGGAUGGGAAAUUGAUCAUGACAUUGACAUGCGAUGAAGUCACAGCAGUAAUUAUAUGCGAGAAGGUGUAAGAUUUGGACAAUUUUCCAGCUCAUUCCUCACCUCUUUAUCACUGACCUGCAGCAAGGGAACGUCCUUCAAAAAAGAAAAGCAAGAAGAAGGAAAGCUGCAAACAGAUGCAUGAAACCUGAUCAUUAUAAAACAGAUUCAAUAAAGAAUUUAGGAAAAUA